AUGCCCGCGAUGGAGCCGGCCAGCCUGCUGCGGUUCCUGCGGAAGCUCAAGGAGGUUUUCGACGUGUGCGACGAGGAUGCGGACGGGUUCAUCCGCGUGGAGCACUUCGUCGCCCUGGGGCUGCAGUUCGGCCAAGGGGAUGAGGUGGAAAAACUGGCAAAGUACUUGGACCCAAAUGAUUUGGGAAGAAUCAAUUUUAAGGACUUCUGUCACGGAGUUUUUGCUAUCAAAGGCUGUGAAGACUUACUGAAAGAUGUCCUGUCUCCUGAAAACUCUGAGCCUCAACACUAUGAGCCACAGUAUGUUGAUUACUAUUACCAGGGGGGUGAACUCCAGGACUGUGCCUACUUGGACAGCGAGAGCGCCUACAGCGAGUCGGAGCUGUUCCCUGAUGAGGACGGGAUGACUCUGGCCCAGCAGGAGGUUCACCAUGAGUCUGACAUGGACAGUGCCAUCGAGAGUGCCCAGAGCUCGGAGGCCUCUGACGUCUGCCAGGACAAGGACGGUGUCCUGGGGGGCCUCUUCCUGCCCGGGGACAAGUCAAGUCCUCACAACCCUUCUGCAGCAUCUGACCUCUCCACUUACUCUACCGCCUCUCUGAUCAGUAAUGAAGAACAGUUUGAAGAUUAUGGGGAAGGAGAUGAUGUGGAUUUUACUCCCAGUAGCCCAUGCCCUGAUGAUGAGACCAGAACCAACGCCUACUCUGACCUUGGCUCAUCUGUAUCUUCCAGCGCUGGCCAAACCCCCCGAAAAAUGAGGCAUGUUUAUAACAGCGAGUUACUGGAUGUUUACUGCUCACAGUGCUGCAAAAAGAUAAAUCUCCUCAACGAUUUGGAAGCCAGGCUGAAAAACUUGAAAGCAAACAGCCCUAACAGGAAAAUAUCAAGCACAGCUUUUGGAAGACAACUCUUCCACAACAGUAACUUCAGCAGCAGCAAUGGCAGCACAGAAGACUUGUUCAGAGACAGUAUAGACUCCUGUGACAAUGAUAUCACUGAAAAGGUAACGUACCUAGAGAAGAAGGUGACAGAACUGGAGAAUGACAGCCUGACAAAUGGUGACCUGAAGAGCAAACUGAAACAAGAGAACACACAGCUAGUUCACAGAGUUCAUGAACUAGAGGAACUAUUGAAAGACCAAGAAACAUCAGCAGAACAGACCCUGGAAGACGAGAUAAAGAGACAUAGAGAAGCUUACAGCAAGUAUGAAAAAGAGAAAGGCACUGAAAUCGAACUGCUGAAUACAAGGGUUCAGCAACUGGAAGAAGAAAACGGUGAUUUGAAAAGCACUGUCACACGGCUGAAAUCCCAAACGGAGAGAUUAGAUGAGGAAAGGCAACGCAUGUCAGACAGGUUGGAGGACACGAGUCUGCGACUGAAGGAUGAGAUGGAUUUGUACAAGAGAAUGAUGGACAAGCUGCGGCAGAACAGGCUGGAGUUCAACAAGGAGAGGGAAGCCACACAGGAGCUCAUCGAAGACCUGCGGAAGGAACUGGAGCACCUGCAGCUGUACAAGCUGGAAUGUGAGCGCCCUGGGCGUGGGAGAAGCUCCUCAUCCAGCGUGAGCGAGUUCAACGCCAAAACCAGGGAGGUGGAGAUGGAGCAUGAAAUAAAGCGGCUGAAGCAGGAGAAUCAGAAACUUCGUGACCAAAAUGAUGACCUUAAUGGACAGAUCUUAAGCCUCAGUCUUUAUGAAGCUAAAAAUCUCUUUGCAACGCAAACAAAAGCCCAGUCACUGGCUGCUGAAAUUGAUUCUGCAUCAAGAGAUGAGCUCAUGGAAGCCCUCAAAGAGCAGGAAGAGAUAAACUACAGAUUGCGACAGUAUAUGGACAAGAUCAUUCUGGCAAUCCUGGACCACAACCCGUCCAUCUUGGAAAUAAAGAAUUGAAGAGAAUAGGAGAAGGAAAAGCAGCAACUGCCUGAUAUUUCUGCACAUGCCACUGGAUCUAAACAACACUCUGAUACUGUAAAUUAAUCUAUAAAUAUAUAUAUAUACACUACGUGUGAGUGUGGGUGCGCGGGUGUGUUUAUAUGAUGUUUGGUACACUGUUAUUUGUCAUUGAAUUGGCUUGGUUAGACUUUUUCCAUGCACUUUCAAUACCUGUGAUAAGAUGGAUACUGUAUAUUAAUGUAAUAACAAUAUAACUGGAUCAUGCUGUUUUAGAUACUGGACAAAAUGACUCUACCUCUAGUUGUAAAGGUAAAAAAGACAAUGGAAACAUAUGGAUGUGGCCCUAACUUUAGGAGCAAGAAUUUUUUCUUCGUUCUUCCAGGAAUUUGGGUACCACAAACCAAUUGACAUACCCAGGUUCAGUUCCUGACUGGUGCUGACUGUGUAAUUUACUAUUUGAUUAAGUUUUAGUACUUCAACCAUGCAUCGGGUAAAAAAAAACAAAAACAAAAACAAAAAACCAAACACACGACAAAAAAAACAAACUUUGGGAAAAGACAAGACACAAAGUAAACGGGAAGAAGAGGAAGAUACUGCAAAAUUGUUUGCUAUUUGUGAAAAAAAAAAAAAAAUCACCAUCCACUUGUUUGCCACUGUCAGCACAAAGUGCUUUUGAUGUAAGAUCACUUUGGAGCCUGCUUUGGGGUGCUCUGAGCCAGCUGCUCCUCGGCGUGUGCGUGUGUGUGUUUGUUGUGCCGGGAGGGGGGUCCCUGUAGCACUGAGGCAAAGAGCUCUUCUAAUCUCUUCCCCUAUUUUCAGGGGUAUAUCACGGGCCAUUAAGAUGAAUUCUGGGAUCCUGCCCCUUCCCCUCACCCUGAGUUUAAAGAUUUCACUGAAGGAAUGCAUUCCAGUUCUUACCAAAAAAAAAUAUAAAUUUUUGCAUGACAUAUCUUCACUUCAGGGGAGGAGGAGGAGGAGCAACCCUUGACAUCACGUGCUGAGUUGCUUUUCCAGCCCAUAUAGCUGCACUCCUUUGACCUUUUUUUGGGCAGGCUGUGGAGAGGAUCCACUGGUUGCUGGCACAGCCAUGGAGAGCAGUCUGGUGUGGAGUGGAUUUUACCUAUAGGGCAGGAAAAAGAAGGAGCUUGGUCUUGCAGGAGUUACCAGUCCAGACUGAGCACACACGUGCAUAUCUAAAGCUCUAAAUAGGGAACACAUCCUCGCUUAGAUGAGCAGUUGUGCAGGUGCUUAACUUUUAAGUGUGUACUGAGACUGCUCAGAGAAGUCAGUGUGACAGAAUAUAAGCUUUAAAGUUGAGUUUAUGCUUAAAUGCUGCCUUAAAUAGGGAUGACUUCAACAUGUGCCUGUGUUCUCCGGAGCUGGAUCUGUGUACUGCAGGGCUAGGACCUUUUUAAUUAAUAAUGUAGCUUAUAUAAGGAGCUUAUGGAAUCAUUUGGGUAGUUGAAUGCUAAAAAGGAAUUUUAUUCCAUGCACUUUUUUUAAAGUAAAAGUUUCACACUUUUGAUUCACACCAACUGGCACAGAAAAAUAGGCCCGAGUAUCUGGCUUUCCCCAGUGCAUAGAGAUGUUUCCUCUCUUGAAUACACUCCCCAGAAGAACGUUACAGUAGCAAUGACUGUGCUUUUCUGUGUAUUUCUUGCUGUUGGCAGUGUCUUGCCCUUAGUAUUCUCUCGAUGUAUCUUGGUGUGUAUAUGUGAUGCAUUUUUCCUGAAUUUGAAUACAUAAAACUGUAUUCAGUUAUGGAUGUAAAUAUAUAUAUAUUUUUCUGCAAUCUCUGUGCUCUUGCCUUCAGUGAUGUGUUACUGGAGCGAUGGGAAGCAGGGGAUGUGCUGGAAUCAGGCUUUCUUGAAGGCAAGAAAAUAAAAACAGUUUGUUUCUAUGUAUCUGCAUUAGGCAGGUGUAAAGUAACUGGAAAGAGAGAAGGGACCGGAGGAAUGACUGUGGGACACAACACCCCACACAAAGGUGUCUGCAGGAGAAAUGGUGCAGUGUGGUUUGAACAGUUAUGUCUCAGGGCUGGGUUCCUGGGACUCUAGGGUAAUCUGGAGGAAAGGAUUUUAAAACCACUCCUUUGCCACCUGGGAAUGGUGUAAAAUGUCCUGUGCUACAUUGCAGCAGCUUCUGUUUGUGGAGAAGCUGGUGGAACACCAUGGAAACCCCACACAGCCACCCUUCUGCUGCUGCUUCUGGAUGUGCCACCGAGAAGGUAGGAGAGGAACAGUUAAGCCACUUGGUGCUACCUGCCCGCAGGACUCCUCACCUGCACUUUAGUGAUGCCAUUUCCCUCUGCCUGGUGCUAUCUGUGGCUUGUGCCAGGGACUUUGCUCUCUGUAUAGGCCACAGAGGACUCUUCCACAUGGUCAGGUGGCUAUUGCUCACCUGCUGUGACAAGCAGGGCUGGGUGACCAGCAGCCCUGCUUCUGGAGCUGGCUGUGUUUGGGAAGUUACACUGCUGGCCUGCUCUUGUGCGGUGGAUUUAAAUGUGAGUGAAGCUGUUGCAGCUUAGACUGGUGACUGAAUGUUUUUCCCUAAUUAUUUUUUAAGUAAACUAGACUUGGCUUCAAAAUUUUAAUAAUCUAAACCCCGUCCCCACUAGGGUGGAACAUCAGCAAAUGUUGAGGACUGUUUCACUGAAAGCAGAGCCUGGCUUACUUCACUGAGACCACAGAGCCCGUGGACGCCAACAGAAGACAUGACUGUAGUGGUAGCCAAGUUCCUGUGAAGGUAAUUAUAUGUAAGAGGUGAAUAGUCACUACUAGUGACAAAUAGUCACCGAAUCUGGCCAAAAUCCUGAAAGGGAUAUUCCCAGCAGUGGAUUUUCUAAAAUCUUGGAGGACUUCUUCCUCAACUCUGUACCCAAGUGUGUCAGCAUUUAGAAACUCUUACUUGCUCCACUGUUUGCAUUUGAAGAGUUGUCUUACCACCAUGUUGGUGGUGUUUGUAGCUUUGUUUUAUUGUGUAAAGGAGUUACCCUUCUGCUCCUGUGGGGCCCUUGGUGUGGUACUGCUGUCUGGUACUGUUGAAAUACGUAUCCAGAUACUUGCUAUGUUUGACAGAUAAUGUGAGUUGGAGGUGGGAGAGGCAUUUCACUGGCAGAUUUUCCUCUAAGGUAUCCACUUCUAAAAAUAAUAAUUAGCAAUUGCAUUCUUAGACUGAGUAACUGCAGAUAUUAGACCAAUCUGUCUUGCAGUUCAAGCCCUGGAAAGCCCUUCUAUCUCAGAAAAGAAGUCAUCACAUUUUAUGACAAGCAGGUAACUUGGUAAUAAGGGAUCACUUGAUGGGUCACUGG